CCUCUUUAGGGCCACAGGACCAGGCACUGUUUGAGUGGACAUACUGCUCCGUACUGUGCACCCCAGGGCCUCCUGUGCUGGCCAUGCCCGUGCCCACGGAGGGCACCCCUCCACCCCUCAGUGGUACCCCUGUCCCAGUCCCAGCCUACUUCCGCCAUGCAGAACCUGGCUUCUCCCUCAAGAGACCUGGGGGGCUCAGUCGCAGCCUCCCACCCCGGCCCCCUGCCAAGGGCAGCAUCCCUAUCAGCCGCCUCUUCCCUCCUCGGACCCCGGGCUGGCACCAGCCCCAGCCCCGGAGGGUGUCAUUCCGAGGCAGAGUCUCUGAGACCCUGCAGAGCCCCUCAUAUGACCCCAGCCGGCCAGAGUCCUUUUUCCAACAGAGUUUCCAGAGGCUUGGCCGCCUGGGCCACGGCUCUUAUGGAGAGGUCUUCAAGGUACGCUCUAAGGAAGAUGGCCGGCUCUAUGCAAUAAAGCGUUCUAUGUCACCGUUCCGGGGCCCCAAGGACCGGGCCCACAAGCUGGCCGAGGUGGGCGGCCACGAGAAGGUGGGGCAGCACCCACGCUGCGUGCGGCUGGAGCAAGCCUGGGAGGAGGGCGGCAUCCUGUACCUGCAGACGGAGCUGUGUGGGCCCAGCCUGCAGCAGCACUGUGAGGCCUGGGGCGCCGGCCUGCCCGAGGCCCAGGUCUGGGGCUACCUGCGGGAUACCCUGCUUGCCCUGGCUCACCUCCACAGCCAAGGCCUGGUCCACCUUGACGUCAAGCCUGCCAACAUCUUCCUGGGGCCCCGGGGCCGGUGCAAGCUGGGUGACUUUGGGCUGCUGGUGGAGCUGGGUACGUCUGGAGCUGGUGAGGCCCAGGAGGGAGACCCCCGGUACAUGGCUCCUGAGCUGUUGCAGGGCUCCUAUGGGACAGCAGCGGAUGUGUUCAGUCUGGGUCUCACUAUCCUGGAAGUGGCGUGCAACAUGGAGCUACCCCAUGGUGGGGAGGGCUGGCAGCAGCUUCGCCAGGGCUAUCUGCCCCCUGAAUUCACGGCUGGCCUGUCUUCUGAGCUGCGUUCUGUCCUCACCAUGAUGCUAGAACCUGACCCCAAGCUGCGGGCCACAGCCUCGGCCCUGCUGGCCCUGCCCAUGCUCAGGCAGCCUCGGCCCUGGAGCGUUCUGUGGUAUAUGGCUGCUGACGCCUUCAGUCGAGGGUGGGCCCUGUGGCAGGCCCUGCUUUCCUUGCUGUGCUGGCUCUGGCAUGGGCUGGCUCACCCUGCCAGCUGGCUGCAGCCCCCAAGCCCACCAGCCACCCCACCUGGCUCCCCGCCCUGCAGCCUACUCCUGGACAGCAGCCUCUCCAGCAGCUGGGAUGACGACAGCAUAGGGCUCUCACUCUCUCCAGAGGCCGUCCUGGCCAGGGCUGUCGGGAAUACCUCCACCCCCCUGUCAUUUGUCUCUCUUCCCCCCCACCCCAGGGAUGCCCUGGACCUAAGUGACAUUGACUCUGAGCCCCCUCGGGGUUCCUUCCCCUCCUUUGAACCUCGGAACCUCCUCAGCCUGUUUGAGGACUCACUGGGCCCAACCUGA